UCCUGUACUGCCACCAUGCAUGCGCACUCUUGAGUGUCACUUUUCUAAAAUCAAAUGUGUCCAGAAAGAGGUUAGGUUUUGUAAAAAUAGAAAUUUAUUUUAAACCAUCAAAAUAAAAAAUAAUUCGGUAACGUAACGUGUGAUUUCGCACCGGCAUGAAGAUAAUCGCAAGAAGUGUAACUUUGGCUUUGGGCUUAUCAGUGUGCGGCAUUUCGGGGUAUUUGCUGUACCUCUUGCUCAAAAAAGACGACGAUGACGAUUACACUGACACCCUCAGCCGUAGCUCAAAAUUCAAAAUCCUGGAAGUCCCAGUUCACAAAGACAUGGUUAAAGUCCUCAUUGGACGCGGGGGCAAAAACAUCAAACUGAUCCAAGAGCAGUCAAACACUCGCAUCAACUUCAAAGAACGCGAAGGCCAACAGGAGGCAAUUUGCGUGAUUCGGGGCACAAUUGAGGCCUGCAAUAUUGCGGAAAAUUUGGUGCAAGAAUUCGUAAACAACCAACCGGUGCUUGAAUGUGAGGACGUUUACGUGCCUCAAGGCUGCAUUGCCAGGAUCAUAGGGCGCGACGGCGACCGAAUUCGCGAGAUUUGCUGCAAAUCGGGGGCGAAAGUGACAGUUGAUGACAACAGGGGGGCUGUCAAUAGACGGGUCUCAAUCAAAGGGACGAGGGAACAAAUCGUCGUUGCCAAAUCAUUGAUUGAGGAGAUCGUGGAGCAGUCGCACAAAACCCAAGUCCAGAUUGAGGCAAGUCUGGCCAAGCGGGAGCCCCGGCUCCCCCCGAAGGCCAGCGAGAGCCCCAAGCCGGUGGAGAGCCCCAAAGUCGAAAGGAUCUCUCCAGUUCCAGGUCAACCGGACGCUCAAUUCGAGGUGUAUGUCUCGGCAAUGGUGGACCCGUCCCGCUUCUGGCUCCAAAUAGUGGGCCCCAAAGCGACGGAACUCGACGUUUUGGUCGAAGAAAUGACCGAAUACUACCGCAAGCAGGAAAAUCGCGAAUCCCACAUUUUGAAUAAAGUGACUAAAGGCGAUCUUGUCGCUGCUGUGUUCCAAUACGACAGCAAAUGGUACCGGGCUGAAGUGCUCAGUCUGAGUGACGAUAACCCGCCCCAAGCUGAACUCUACUAUGUUGAUUACGGGGACACGGAUUUGGUCCCCGUUGAGGAAUUGUACGAGUUGAGGACCGAUUUCCUCCGACUGCAUUUUCAAGCAAUUGAGUGUUUUCUAGCACGAGUUGAUCCCGUGGGAGAGAGUUGGUCGGUGGAAGCCGUGGAUAAAUUCGAAGAGUGGACACAUGUGGCGCAGUGGAAGAAACUGUCGGCGAAAAUUAACGGAUAUUGUGUUAGGGAGAAGACGAGGGCGAAGCGCGAGGGCUCUCCGGUCCCCGGUGUUGAUUUGUUCGAUGUGAACGGUGAAAAGGACGUCGAUAUCGCACAAGAAUUGGUUAAUCAAGGGUUCGCUGUUUUUAAAAGAGACGUGGAUUUGAGGCCGAGCAGUCGCGCCACGAGUGUUAGUAAUAUUAGUGUAGCUUCGAGUUCGUAGUUUUUUACCCAAAUUUUUCGAAAUAAAUUUUUAUCGCCCUGUUCCUCAAGUUACUUAAUUCAUUUUUACAUUGCUCUUAUUUUUAUUUAUUUUUACGUUUUAGGUGCAAUUAAUUAUUUUUUUAAUAUUGAGUAACCCUUUUUUAAAUUUUGAAAGUUUGUGCCUUAAUGAUUAUCUUCAAUAUUGUGAUCUUGCCCGAGAUUCCAUUUAUAUUUCGUUGAAUAAACCCUCUUAAGUUA